AUGUAUACGACAUCACUGCAGCUCUUGUGUCUGUUAUGCUUCGCGCACGUGGCACAAGGACAAGAAGCUGAUGGCAGCUGCUAUGGCGCCGGAUCCAUCGCGCUCAGCGUCGUAUUGACGCUGAUCUUGGGAUUCCUCCUCGCCGGAUUGGUCUUCUUCCUGUACAGCAAGUAUUGGAAAGCAAGAAAAGGUCAACAUCUAAUACUGGAAACCGAUCCCGAAAAAGGCAAAGGAGAAUAUGCGUUCGAUAAUCCGGGAUUCCGAGAUGCAGGUUUGUCACCGGUUGGGAAGUCGGCCGAAAAGUCCGGCGCAAAACUUGAAACGAAUCUCAAGACCAAGUGGAAUCAAUGGUCACCUCUGGGUGUUCUCACAGCGAAGAACGAAAAGAAACGUACGCUAGAUGAUUCCGAGUUGGAGCAUCAAGUGAAGCAUGUUUCCCUACGAAGCCAUGACUUCACGGGCCUCGGUUUCAAUAUUUGCGGCAACAUGAAAGAUGGAAUAUUCAUUAAGGACAUACUCCAUCGCGGGCCCGCCUCAGAAUCAAAGAAGUUGAACGCCGGCGAUCGCAUUCAAAGCGUCACCAUCAGCUUCGAGCAUAUGGUGUACGAAGAUGCGCUGGCGAUCCUCAGUUACGCAAGCCCCUACGAAAUCAUCGUCUCGGCCAAAAAUGGAAAGGCGUUUAAUUAUUCCGGGCAAGUUGGACGACCGCUACAUCCAAUCUAUCGCAGCUCGAGUAAUAUGGAACUCAAUCAGAUGGAGAAAUCAGCAAAGAAACGAUUGUUUGACGAUUCGAGCGACUUUGGUUCGAAUUAUUCUAGUCUCCAAAAGAAUCACAACAGCAUGGUGCCCACUUUGGAGCGUAGCAGAUCGAAAUCGCCCAAACCCGUGAUGAAAACCACGCAAAAGACAAAAGUCGAUCAGCAUCACAUCGAAUACAAAGAGCAUUUACGCCCAAAGGUGCCGCGGAAAAUUGAAACGGAAGUGCAAAACACUGAGAAUAAAGUGCACAAGUUUGGAAUUCAAGUACUUCCGCCGUUGGAGAGUCCCACUAAAUCAGCAGAGACGCAGAACGUGAAUAACAUCAAUCACGAAAACGAGCUGGUUGCGCCGAUAAUGAGCAUCGAUGAAGUCGACAAGAGCAAAAAGAAGGAUCAACUGCAAUACGAAAAUGAAAAUCGACAGCAGCGACAACAACAGGCACCACCAGUAAAAAAGCGGGAGAAAUUACAACUGCAGCAGCAAGCGCAGCAAAAACAAGAGAUUGAAAUUAAACCAGAGGAAGACGUUUUUCAACGCCACAAUUCAGGUAUAAAACGGGACGAGAAUAAUAUUCCGCUGGAAAUUCCCAGCACCAUGAUGAAUGCUGCUGUUGCUGCUAGAAAGAAUCGCAAGUCAAUGGAGGAAGAAGAGUUGAAGAGCCCCAACAAGAAGAAAGGUAAAGCGCCGGCGCCCCCAGAAGCAAACCAAGAAAAUAAAACAGACGCAUUAAAAGGCGAUUUGAAGGGUUACAACUCUGAUUCGGACGUUGAGACAGACAAUCAAUCUUCGGUGAACACGAUCGAGUUAAACGCGAGUGAUAUAACGAUUCAUCAAAGUGAAGAAAGCGAUGAGAAACAAAAUCGCAAAACUGCAAGUACCGGAGAUUUGUCUAAAAUUCAAAAGACGAGAAAAACAAGUACCGGUACCCUUGAGCGUGCGCAAAGUUUGGAUAUUACAGACACAGGAAUGCCUGUCAUGGCUGCUAAGAAACGCAAAGCAGGAAAGAUCGAUGAUUUUGAAUCGAAAACAUCCUCCGAUGAAAGUCUGUAUGGUAGUUCUUUGGUUAACAAAGAACCACGUCUUUCCUUAAUUUUGGAUGGGCUUAACACAUUCCAACGCAGCCGACUCAAGAAGUCAACCGAAUGGGGUAAUUUAGAAGACGCCAUUUUGAGUUUGGACAAGCAGGGCAGCAAUGAAAGUACGCCUCAGAAUAGCAGUGAAGAAGAAUUCAAAAUAUCAAAUGAAAAUUUCAAUAAAAAUUUCAAUUUCGGUGCCAAAUCACCUGAAUUUGAUGCGCUUGUAAAUAAAAUAAAUGAAAUCAAACAAGAAACCAUGGACAUCAUAAACGAGCAAGACAAACAUAUUAAAGAAGUAGAGAUUUCUAAAAAGGAAGUCUCUCAUAUUAUCGAAAAUGUAAACAAUGGAAUCGAACCAGCUGCCAAUGUGAAUGAAGUAUCCUUGAAAAUCGAAGAUGAACCGAUGCCAGAAAUUAUUCGAAAUGUGGAGGAAUUUGACGACAGUCCGAUUGUAACAGCUACAAAACGAGUGAAAAACGUAAUUUGGCCGUUCCAAAAUAAGGACGCUGAAAGUGAGGAAGUACACAUAGAAAUUAUAAACGACAUUAAACCAGAGGAAGAAGUGAAAUCAAUGAAAACGGCUAUAAUGACUGAUAUUACUCCCACUUCCGGCAAAAGCACUCCGAUUAGUAUUACGCAGGUCAGUAAACCAAUUAUUAAAGAAAAAAUCGAAGUUAACAUGAGUCCGAACACAUUAUCGACUAGAAGCGACCAAGAGCCCAUUAAAAUUAAUGAGCCUAAGAUUGUGAAUGUAAACGAGAAAGACAAAACGCCGGUAGUCAAUUUACUGGAAGUAUCCGACUUUUUGCAAGCCGAACGAAACGCCAGUUCAAAAUAUAUACCAGAAUUAGAUAAACACGAAGACACGAAUAUUCCAGACGACAUUAAAGUUUCUCGGCACACAUUUGGUUCACUUGAGAUGCCGAAAAAUGAUAAAAAUGUGAAAAAUGUACAUGUUACAAACGUCAGUAAUAUUACCAUAAAUCAUCAAAAUAAAUACGAAAACGUUAAUGACAAGGCAGAGGAGGGUAUGUACAAAAGUGUCAGUAUAACAACGCCUGAUUUAAUUAAGAACUUAACGAUAGCGGAAGCUAUUCACGACGUUAACAAUGAGGUGACAAUUGAUGGACCUACAUCUCUAACAUUGGAAAUAUCCAAUGCAGGUGCCACGAGUGAUGAUAACAAAAUCGAGAUCAAACAACAAAAUGGCAUUCAGAUGAAACCAAACGGUGAUAUUAAUAAGUUGGAAGUUGCGGCACCGGAUGAAAACGAAGAUAAUAGACAUUCGUCUUUAACAUACAUUACAGAAAUUCAAGUGACUACUCCACAGAAAGUGGAGGCAAUAGACGACAUUCCUGAAAUUGAUAUAGUACCUAAAAUUGAUGAUAAACUAGACAACGACUUCGAGCAGUACAUUAAAAAAUUCGAGAGUAAUAUUAAAACAUUCGAAAGCAACAUCAACAACUUUGAAGCUAACAUACAAAGCAUUACAGAAACUAUCAACACACCGACGACCAUCGAAUCACCAACAAACAACGUUGUUACAACUACAGUAACAACUGUAAAUGAGGUGGUGUGUGUUGAUCCUGAAAAAGAGCUGCAAAAAGUGAAUGAAAUAGUCGAGGAACAACUGAAAAAACUUCCCGAAAUGCGAUUCACAACAUCAAGCUACGAAAGUCAAAUUAAACCUCCAGAGAAGCGCAUGUCGCAGAUCGAAAUUCUGCGUUCGAAUUUCGAAAAAAGUAACAGUCCGCCCAGGCACGUGAGAAGUGAAACUAGUCCCCCUAAAUCACGAAUUCCCGUUUUGAAUAAGACACCGCCCACGUCACCGGAGCGACGGGAUUCUCGCGCUGAUAACGAACAAGACACAAAAGAGAUUUUAGAGAUGGUAUCGUCUAAAUAUCCAAAUAAAAACAAAAACGUAACGGUUACCUCAAUUCGUAACAAUUCGAGAAUACCGUCGGGUCUGCCGACAUACGGUAACAAACCUCCGGUGCCACCUAAGAAGUCUGACAGCGUCGACGAUAUCGUUCACGUUUCCUCGAAUGGCAGCUCUGGAAAUGUGGAAAGUUUCCGACAGUGGGUGUUUAAUCCCAACGAUCAGUCAAUUACAAACAUCUCCGUUACGGAAUCCAAGUAUGACAGCGGCGUACACAAAUGAACGUUGCGUGAAUGAUACGUACAUGAGAGAAUUGUAUUACAUAGUUUUAGGUGCCAUAUCUCUUUCACUUAAACAAUCACGAUACUUCAAUGACCAUUUAGGGAAAUUACCGUUACCGCACUCGCAUUUUCAUAAAAGUAUUCAACAAGGGAACACAGUGCCAAGCGUUUGGCCAUAUGCGAAUAUUAAUAAUAAUAGAUUCACAACUAGAACUUGAAAUUUGUAUACCAGAUUGUAUAUAAAUAUCAUUUUUGUUGAAAUUAUUCGUGAAAAUUAAUUAGUUUUUAUAACUUUAAUGAAAGCAUUCAGUAUUUGUAUGAAAACUUGAUAGAAAAGUAUUAAUUUAAAUGAAUCAUCCAUGUUUGAAUUUUAAAAAUUCAAUGUGCAGAAUGUUUAUGCAGUUAAUGUUAUGUAACUUAGUCAAAAACAAAAAUGCUUUAUUAUAUUUGAAGCUGUUAUGAGUUUAUCUAAUACUAUAUUUUUAUAUACAUUUUAUUGUAAACCAAAACUGGUUCUGUACAUAUUCUAUCAAAUAAUUUAUGUUUUAAGUGCUCAACAUAAUUAAAUGUUAAAUUCUAAUGGGUUUUAUACAGUACAUAUAUAUAAAAAUAUAUUAUUGAAGGGGUUAAAA